UCAGUCGGAAGCGGCUGCUCGCGCGUGCAGUCUGACAGUCAGGGCGGACAUGGUGGACUCCUCGGAAGGCUGAGUCUUCUCCGGCCGCUUUCUGGAACAAUGUCGCUGCGGCUGGCGCACUGACGCUGCCACCCCCGGGGUGACCCCUCCAUGCUCCCGACUGGAUGUUAGUUAGCCCGGAACAUGAGCGGAGGGAGCGGUUAAGGAGCGGCUACAUUUGUUGUGUCCAUGGACGGAGCCGGGAGAAGCUAGCUGGCUGUCAGUCCUGCUAGCGCGACGCUUCCAGGAGCCCACUUGUUCUGGACCAGCGGAACCACGGCUGGAGCCAGGAUGGGGGAGCCCAGUCUGGACGACUCAAAUGUCAAGGUGGCCGUCCGGGUCCGGCCCAUGAACCGCAGAGAGAAGGAGCUGAACACCAAGUGCGUGGUGGAGAUGGUGAAGAACCAGACCAUCCUCCACCCUGCGGGGACCAACCUCGGCAAGGCAGACUCCAGGAGUCAGUCCAAGGUCUUCGCCUACGACUACUGCUUCUGGUCCAUGGACGAGUCCGACAAGGAGAAGUUUGCAGGUCAGGAGGUGGUGUUCCAGUGUCUCGGGGAGAGUCUUCUCCACAAUGCCUUCCAGGGCUACAACGCCUGCAUCUUUGCCUACGGACAGACCGGCUCGGGGAAGUCCUACACGAUGAUGGGUUCUGUGGACCAGCCAGGGUUGAUCCCGCGACUCUGCAGUGCCCUUUUUGACCGGACACAGAAGGAGCAGCGUGAGCAGGAGAACUUCACGGUGGAAGUCUCCUACAUGGAGAUCUACAAUGAGAAGGUCCGGGACCUGCUGGACCCCAAAGGGGGCCGGCAGACGCUGAGGGUGCGAGAGCACAAGGUUCUGGGUCCAUACGUGGACGGGCUCUCCCGCCUGGCGGUGGCCAGUUACAAGGAUAUUGAGUCUCUGAUGUCGGAGGGGAACAAGUCCCGGACUGUUGCGGCGACCAACAUGAACGAGGAGAGCAGCCGGUCGCACGCCGUCUUCAACAUCAUCCUCACGCACACGCUGACGGAUGUGCAGUCUGGGACCAGCGGCGAGAAGGUGAGUCGCCUGAGUCUGGUGGACUUGGCUGGCAGUGAGCGAGCUGCAAAGACCGGAGCGGCAGGCGAGCGGCUGAAAGAGGGAAGCAACAUCAACAAGUCUCUGACCACACUGGGCCUGGUCAUCUCGGCCCUGGCUGAGCAGGGAACCGCCAAGAACAAGAACAAGUUUGUUCCGUACCGAGACUCGGUCCUGACGUGGCUCUUGAAGGACUGUCUGGGGGGCAACAGUCGGACUGCCAUGGUCGCCACCGUCAGCCCGGCAGCGGACAACUAUGAGGAGACGCUGUCCACGCUACGCUACGCAGACCGAGCAAAGAACAUCGUCAACCACGCCGUGGUCAACGAGGAUCCCAACGCUCGCAUCAUCCGGGAGCUCCGAGAGGAAGUGGAGAAGCUGCGAGAGCAGCUGACCCAGGCUGAGUCCCUGAAAGCUCCCGAGCUGAAGGAUCGCCUGGAGGAGUCGGAGAAGCUGAUCCAGGAGAUGACCAUCACCUGGGAGGACAAGCUCCGAAAGACGGAAGAGAUCGCCCAGGAGCGGCAGAAGCAGCUGGAGAGUUUGGGGAUCUCUCUGCAGUCCUCAGGCAUCAAAGUGGGAGACGACAAAAGCUUCCUGGUCAACCUGAAUGCCGACCCUGCGCUCAACGAGCUGCUGGUCUACUACCUCAAGGAACACACCAAGGUGGGCUCGGCAGACUCUCAGGACAUCCAGCUGUGUGGCAUGGGCAUCCUGGCAGAGCACUGCAUCAUCGACAUCAGCGCUGAUGCCGGCGUCGUCCUCAGCCCAUACCGCAAUGCCCGGACUUGUGUGAAUGGCUCCCCGGUCAGCAGCGCUCUGCGGCUUCACCACGGCGACCGGAUCCUGUGGGGAAACAACCACUUCUUCAGAAUCAACCUGCCAAAGAGGCGGUCUCGCACAGAGGAAGAGGAGGGUGAGGGCGGCGUGAUGAAGAACAGCAACAGCAGCGAGCAGCUGGACGCAGACGGCGACACGGCCAGCGAGGUGUCCAGCGAGGUCAGCUUCUCCUACGAGUUUGCCCAGACGGAGGUGAUGAUGAAGGCCCUGGGCAGCAACGACCCCAUGCAGGCCGUGCUGCAGUCUCUGGAGCGACAGCACGAGGAGGAGAAGCGCUCGGCGCUGGAGCGGCAGCGGCAGAUGUACGAGCAGGAACUGCAGCAGCUCCGGAGGAAGCUCAACCCGGACCGCCUGUCGCCCGGCCACCCUGCAGCGCCACCGUCUGGACAGCAGGCUCACUACCGCAGCAUGGAGAGACUCAGCGUGGGCGGCAUGAGCCACUCGCUCAGUGCGCAGAGUCGCCUCAGGCAGUGGAACGAGGACAGGGAGGCGGUUCUGGUCCGAAGUCUCCGACGCUUGCGCGAGCAGAUCGUGAGGGCGAACCUGCUGGUGCAGGAGGCCUGUUUCAUCUCCGAGGAGCUAGAGCGCCACACCGAGUACCGGGUCACGCUGCAGAUCCCGUCCGACAACCUCAACGCCAACCGCAAGAGGGACGCUGUGCUGAGCGAGCCCGCCAUCCAGGUCCGGCGCCGCUGUCGGGGCAAGCAGAUCUGGAGUCUGGAGAAGAUGGAGAACCGGCUGGUGGACAUGCGCGAGCUCUACCAGGAGUGGCAGGACUACAACAAGCAGAACAGCGAGGAUCCGGUGAUGCGCUCCUAUUUCCGCCGCGCCGACCCGUUCUUCGACGAGCAGGAGAACCACAGUCUGAUUGGAGUCGCCAACGUCUUCCUGUCGUGUCUCUUCUACGACGUCAAGCUGCAGUACGCAGUUCCCAUCAUCAACCAGAAGGGGGAGGUGGCGGGACGUUUACAUGUGGAAGUGGUCCGUGUUGGAGGAGGUCUGGACGACGGCCUGGCAGGCGGAGAGGAUCUGGAAAACAACCAGGACUCUGAAAUCCAGGACCGCAAGCUGGUCUGCAUGAUCAAGAUCCUGCAGGCCACCGGACUUCCCCAGUUCCUGUCCAACUUUGUCUUCUGCCAGUACUCUUUCUGGGACCAGCCCGAGCCCAUCAUCGUCGCCCCCGAGGUGGACACGUCGUCCUCCUCGCCCAGCAGCAAAGACCCGCACUGCAUGGUUGUGUUUGACAGCUGCAAGGAGCUGGCGGUGUCUGUGUCAGAGGACUUCAUUGAGUACCUGACAGAGGGUGCGGUGGCCAUCGAGGUCUUUGGUCACCGGCAGGCGGACUCAGGCCGGAACCCGGCUCUGUGGGACCUGAGCAUCAUCCAGGCCAAGACGCGCACACUGCGGGACAGGUGGAGCGAGGUAACACGUCGACUUGAGCUCUGGAUCCAGAUCCUGGAGAUCAACGAGAACGGCGACUUUGUGCCGGUGGAGGUGAUUCCCGCCAGAGACGUCAGAACCGGAGGAAUCUUCCAGCUGCGACAGGGUCAGUCGCGGCGCCUCCAGGUGGACGUGCGCUCGGUCCAGGACUCGGGCACCAUGCCACUGAUUGCGGAGAUUGUCCUUGGCGUGUCGGUGGGCUGCGUGGAGAUCCGGUCGAUGGCCUCCAACCAGGAGGCGGAUGAUAUGGACAGCUACCAGGAGAGGGACCUGGAGACUCUGCGGCGUCAGUGGUUGGCUGCUCUCACCAAGAGACAAGAGUAUCUGGACCAGCACCUGCAGAGUCUGGUCAGCAAGGCCGAGAAGACGGAGGAUGAUAUGGAGCGAGAGGCUCAGCUGCUGGAGUGGCGCCUGACUCUGACGGAGGAGAGGAACGCUGUGAUGGUGCCCUCUGCUGGCAGCGGCAUCCCCGGCGCGCCUGCUGAGUGGGUUCCUCUGCCCGGCAUGGAGACUCACACCCCCGUCCUCUUCCUCAACCUCAAGCCCGACGACCUCAGCUCUCAGGACCAGUUUGAGGUUCCAGACGCCGGUGGCUGGGACGCCACCCUGAGCGGCGAGGACGAGGACGACUUCUUCGACCUGCAGAUCGUCAAGCACUACGACGGAGAGGUGAGGGCCGAGGCCUCGUGGGACUCCACCGUGCACGAGUGUCCUCAGCUGAGUCGGGGGGGCGUGUGGCCGGAGCAGCGGGUCUACCUGACGGUACGGGUGGCCGUGCAGCUCAGUCACCCCGCCGACAUGCAGCUGAUCCUGAGGAAGAGGAUCUGCGUCAACGUCAACCCGGGGCGCCAGGGCUUCGCCCACAGCUUCCUGCGCCGUAUGUCCACGCGCAGCACGGUGCCCGGCUGCGGCGUCACCUUUGAGGUGGUGUCCAACAUCCCAGGGGUGAGUGUGUCUGCGAGCCGAGUCGCAGCGGGAGCGGGUCUGAGGUGUCUCGUCCUCCAGGACGCGCCAGGCUCGGAGGACAGAGAGAUGCUGGCCAGGCUCGCCGCCAACGCCAACAGCAGCCAGACGGCCGACGACGAAGCUGCCAUCGAGAAGUACCUGCGCAGCGUGCUGAGUCUGGAGAACAUCCUCACCCUGGACCGCCUCCGACAGGAGGUCGCAGUGAAGGAGCAGCUGACCUCACGAGGGAGAAGCAGCCGGCGGAGCCUGAGCUCACCCUCAGUCCACAGGCUGUCUGGGAGUCGACAGGAUCUGUCCACCUCCUGCCUGCUGGACGACAAGGGUCGCUGGGAGAGUCAGCAGGACAUCUUCAUGCCGUCCCAGUUUUACCGGACACUACCGCGGCCCGCCUCGUCUCCCUCCACCUACUCCAGCUCUCCUUCCUCCUCCAGCUCCUCCUUCGCCCUCAGCCCGGCCCAGAACCAGGAACCAGAACCAGGUCGUUCAGGACUUGCGUCCUCUUAUCUUUCAGUGAAGGCGUUGGUUCCUCAGAUGCCCAAACUGCUCAAGUCUCUGUUCCCUGUGCGAGAUGAGAAGAAGGAUCUGAGACCUUCAGCUGCAGGACAGCAGCAGCUGCAGCGCAUCCUCACCUCGUCUGGAGAAGAAAGCCCGGGCAAGACGGAGACGGCCGCUGCUCAGCCGCGGCCCGCCACCAGAGACCGACGGGCCGAGCUCCCAGACGUCCCUCCUCCUCCCGUGCAUGACCCGCAUGACUCCGCCCCCCUCAGCCCCAUCAGCCAGUCGUCCAGCGGCUACUUCUCCACCAGUGUCUCCACGGCCACACUGUCCGACAUCCUCCAACCCUCCGUCUCGUCCUCCUCCCUCCCGGAGACGCACGCCGCUGACGCCGCCUCUCAUCCUCAGUGUGGCGGCAAAGUCGUCGCCGCCCACAACUCAUCCCACCACAAGGACGCACUGAGGUCAGGGCAGAGGCCGCUGGACUCUGGAGGGGAGGACGGGCUGGAGCGACUGCAGAUCCUGGUGGACGGCAAGGAACGGCGGCAGGACGGCGAGCUGCCGGAGUGGCUGAGGGAGGGGACCCACGUGACGCUGGGGACCAACAAGGCCGGGACAGUGCGCUUUGUGGGGACCACGCAGUUUGCUGAAGGAGUUUGGGUCGGAGUGGAGCUGGACACGCCUGUGGGUAAGAACGACGGCUCGGUGGGAGGUCAGCGCUACUUCCUGUGCAAACCGGGCUACGGCGUGAUGGUUCGACCCGACAGACUCGCCCGCAGGACCGGGGACGUCUCGGCCCACGUCCCGGUGCUGCGGGGAGAUGCCGUCGCCGUCUCUCGGCGAGGAGAGAACCGUAAGUCCUGGAGCAGCUGAGGAUCCACCGCCCCCUGCUCACCCUCUUAUGCAACAGAUCCACUGCCUCUUCUCUAAGUCGCCGGUCAUGACGGAACGGUCUCGGACUCUCGGCACAGCUUGGGUCAGACGCCGUCCCGAGCUGACGACCUGAACUUUUAUUUCAAUGUGGAAUAUCGAAAUCCUAUUUCAGCCGGACGCUCAUCUUUUAUCUCUUUUAAACUUCACGGAGCGACCGAACAUAUCGGCACACGGAUGGAGGUCAACCCACAGUCCUCUGCUCUCGCUGCCCUGGGCCGAGCAGAUCCGGUCCACCCUGAGCUCUGCCUCCAGACGUGCCUUCACGCUCCGCUCUGUUUGUUUGCCAUAUUGAACUCCAUGAGUGUUUUUACCGCUUUGUUUUACGUGUGGGUGCGAGAGGCGGCGUGUGCGUCAGUCGGACGGCGUGCUGCAGGCUGCCUCCUCCUGCUGGGUAGUUCUGGAGGGACGUGGGGUAGGAGGCGCUCAGGGACCCGAGGAGCCACCUGCAGGGGGCCAGCUGGUGGCGCCAGCGCACCACGUGUCGUCAGCAUGUUAGCUGCCGUCCAGAGUUGUGAUGGUUGGUGGAAGUGAGGAGUGAGCAACAGGAAGUGAGUUAUGGAACCAGGAAGAAGCAUGUGAUCAGCUCAGGACGGGAGGUGGUCCUCAUGUUGAGGUCGCCGAGAUGUGGUCCAUCAGUUCAACCCCGCCUCCUCCUGACAGAAUAGGACCAGGACUCCAUCGUGGUGGCGCCAUCGUCCCGAACAUAUCGCAAUAUAAAGAGGAGAUAUUUUCAUUCCGUGGUGGUCGGAUGCCAUUAUUUUCCUGAGAUUGAUAUUUAUGUACAAGUUGAUGUUGCACAGGCGAGCGGUUGCUGCUACGAGCUCGGCGGUCGACGUCGGGUCGGGUGUCGUCGAGGCGUCUCUCUAACUGAACGAGGCACUUUGAGCAACGGCGGAGAGCAAAUGUUGAGGAGCAGCAGAUUAUUUAUUGUCGGAGGUUCUGAUGGAACGGCGAGUGUCGAAGUGUGUGUCUGCGAGUGUGUGUGUGUGUGUGUGUCUGCGUCUGUCCACGAACAUAUCACCCGUGCGGUCUGAAUAGCCCCAACACAAGUGAAUGCUCAGGAGUCCUGGACGAGUCAUUCACGAGUCAGAGUCGGAUCCUGUUGACGAGCAAGCGUACGUUUUAAAAACGGUCCACUACUUUGGACGUUAUUCCUGUGGAAUGGUGGGAAAAGUGGAGUCGGUGGGCUUGAAAGUCAUGUGACCAGAUCAGGAAGUCCGGGCCCAAGAUGGCUGCUUCGCACCUCACGUUUCAGUCCAAGUCUGUGGUCAAGUGACCCGUUUAUCAUUGACGUCCUGACCUCCGGCGGGACCCGCGAGUAGCUGAGGGCCUGGAAAGGGCCGCUGUUCUCACCCUGGUGCAGAGGGACCCGGUCGUGUGGAAGUAGCUCGCCUGUAGGGGGCGCGUGGGAGCCUCAGAAACCUGUUUCAGUGUCUUUCUUCGUCUUUUGCUCACAAACUUUCAUUCAUUUCACUUGCUCAUUUGAUGGGGUUCACGAUGGCGAAAAUCUGAACUCUUCAGCGGCUCAUCUGUUGCGGUGACUCGAGUCAAAGCGGCUUCUGCACGCACGUGUCAGCGGAGGCUUCCAGGAUGAGGCUCAGCUCCACUCUGGCCCAGGAACAUCUUGCUGUGGCCAGAAGAGCAGCUGGCAUGAAGAGGUAAAUGCUGCCUCCUGGUGGUGCAAGUGAGACUCCUCCAGAAGCAGGACUCUUGACGGGCCCAGUUUCUACCUCUGCGUGUGUGUGUUCGCCACUGAGGCCUUCCAGCACGACAGGUGUGUGUCACAGGUGCGCCCCCCCACACACGCACGCUCACGCGCCUGAGCUCAUUUCAACUUUGUCGUUUCAUUUCUGAAGCAGCAGCGACUCGUGAUCUGACAGAUUAUUCGUGUGUGUGUGUGUGUGUGCGUGUGAGAAAACCCACCUUCAGAUUUGAGCACAGAUUUGGGUUUGGCUGAUUUAACUGUGUUUUCACGCUGCAGUCCAAAGAUUUCUCACAUGAUCGUCUCACAUGUGUCGAGUGACUUGUAUCUGACGAGAGUAACACGUCGUGACAUGUCGUGAUCGUCUCAAUAAAGUGCAGGUUUCAGUCAGGUGGUCGUAUUGUUUGGGCCCUCACAUGACCAGGCAGAGGCAGGCUGUGACUCGGAUCAGAUUUUAUUCCCUUCAACGUAAACGACAGUAAGAACAAACCUUAUUUCAACACAGGAAACGUAACAAACAGUCGGCGUCCAAACAAGGCACUGAAUCCUGAAACAUGAGGCGAACGUGGCGGCGACCGGAAGCUGAAGUCAUCGAUGACGGGACCGUCUGAGCCGUGAGUGAACGACCGUCGCACCUGAGCCAGGUGGAAGACUGUUGGGUUGAGUCCCUGGGGGACCGGGGAUCUCGCAGGACGUGAGCCGCCCUGGACUCCAGGCCACACCCCCGCGCUGCAGAAAACUCAAGAGAACAAGGACACAGCCAGUUCUGGCUCUUCCACUUCCCUUUUCUGGUGCGAGUCGCGUCGUCGCUCCGAGACUCGUAGUAAUGCACCAAACAGACGGUGUGAGGUAUUUGUGUUGAGUUUUGAACUCCAGUAGCUACGAUACCAAACUCCUGCGAGCGAGUUCCGUUCCGAGGUUAGCGUGCGGUUUCCCGUCUGCGCGGAGCCGCGAGGGUCCAGAAUCCAAGCUAGCGGAGCUCUGAGGGCCGGAUCUGGACCACGGCUCCAGGUUCUGAGAACUGAGGGACUUCCUGCUGGGGCUCUGAGCGACAGGAAGUGGAAGCACCAGGUCAGUGUGAGCGCGUGUGUUUACAACACAGCAAACAAAAUCAUUUCCGCUUGCAAACAGAGCGACACAUUUCAUGUGUCUGGAACAUGGUCUCACACACUCUGUUCUGAAGGUGUGAGUCCACCAAUCACAGUGAUGGGCCAGAUGCAUGCUGGGAGCCGCUGACACGGCACCUGACAGAGGCACCCGAGCUGGGAACGUUUGGCCACGUCUGCUGUCGCCAGGUGAGCGGAGGAAACACACUGCUACAUGUUCUCUGAAGUCUCUGAGGCUGCUGUGUGUAUUCCUGUCCAGCUGUACUUGUGGGGACACCAUGAGAGUCUCCUCAAUAACUGGCUGCUUCUGGUUUAGAGUCCUGGUUCAGUUUAGUCGUGUGUUUUUUGGGGAAGAGGCUGGGGAAAGGGUGAUGGAGAGGUCCCCACAAGGACAGCUGUCACAAGUGUGUGUGGGAAGGGGUGGGUCGUCCACACGGCCACGCUUUAGUUUGCAGCAGUCACAUGACUCCAGUCUCGACCUUUGUGGCCCUCGGC